CAAGAUGGCGACUGAGGGCGAGUACGAGUCAAUUUUGUGCGUGAAACCUGAUGUCAACGUUUAUCGUAUCCCACCGCGAGCUUCAAACCGCGCAUACAGGGCAGCUGACUGGAAGCUGGAUACUCCAGACUGGUCUGGUAGAAUGAGGAUCACAGCGAAAGGCAAAGUGGCUUUCAUCAAACUUGAGGACAAGGUCUCAGGUGAACUGUUUGCACAGGCACCAGUUAAAGAGUAUCCUGGCAUUGCAGUGGAAACAGUCAGCGACUCCAGCCGCUACUUUGUUCUGCGGAUACAGGACGAUAGCGGUCGCAGUGCUUUCAUAGGAGUGGGCUUCGGAGACCGAGGAGAUGCUUUUGAUUUCAACGUUGCCUUACAGGACCAUUUCAAAUGGGUGAAACAGGAGAACGAGCUCAGUAAAAGCUCCCAGCUCGGAGACUCGGGACCAAAACUGGACUUGGGCUUUAAAGAAGGGCAGACCAUCACACUCAAUAUAGGGCAAGGUAAAAAGAGGGAUAAACCCCGUCCCCAAGGCACAGGUGGGUUUGGACUUCUCCCACCACCACCUGGAGGCAAGAUAGCCCCGCCCCCUUUGUCAGGCUCAUCCAAUCACAACAUACUUCCUCAGACAGGAGGCACGGCAACAGGCUGUCUGUUGGAGCUGGACAGUAGUAACUCAAACACUGUGGUUCAGUCAAACCCUAGUUCUGAUCUGUGGGGAGACUUCACCGCUCCUGCAAGCUCUGUUCCUCCACAGUCGAGACCACAGGACAGCGGGAACUGGAUCCAGUUUUGAUUCCUUGUUGUCAGCUGUUUCAUCAUGUAUGACGUCCAUCCACGCCUGCUUCUGUGUCUGUAGCUUCCUGUGCUUCACACUGAGAUUAACCCUCACACACCGAUCCCAAAGCAGAGCUGUAGAAACACUGUGCGACACCAUUUCACUCAGAGAGCUCCUUAAAAAAGAAGCAUUAAUCAGCUGAAGCCAUGACAUGAGAUGAGCCAUUUCCUGUAAUAUUUAAGGGCUAUGUGUGACGUCCUGAAUGGCAGGUGUUCCUCUGUUCUGUGUCUGCGUUGCCUCCCCAGUAGAUGGCUCUCUGAACAGAGCUUCACCUCUGAUGUGGUUUCUUUUAUGUCAGUGCAGCAGCAGCUCCCUCUGUAGGCUCUGCAGAGUACUACAGCUGAGGGAAAUGCACUAGUGUUUUCUAAAACCUGCAGUAAAGAAGAGAAUAAUUCACUCUGAGGCACAUAUCCAAUAUUUUGUCUUUAGUGCUAAAACUGGCACUUAAAUCUCCUUUUUUGCCAUUUAGCCCUAUUAUUUUUCAAGAUAAAGCCAUUUUGGCACACUUGUUUUACUUGAGGGAACAGUAUAUGAAACAUAACUCUUUUUAACCUAUUUUGCAAGACUUUUUCCCAUAGUGAAAGAAAAAAAAUAAGAGGUUUACUGGCUUGCUUGUUCCAGCCUGACACUGCUUUGUGGAGCAGUAUAGCCUCGACUGCAUGUCUCUAAAUAACUUGAACUCCUAGAACUCUAAAGUAUGCUUUGAUCAUAUAGCCAACACAGAUUUAUAGACCCUGAAGUGCUUGUUAUGAUCACAUUUUCCCCUUUUAUCACCUUUAUAAAGAAAUGCACAAGUAUUUAUCACCACAGCAAUCAAGAAUUAUUGCUCACUGGUCAAUCAAGUUAAUAUUAGAUUAAAUAUAAGUGUGCAGAAUACAUUUAAAGUACUUUCUCCAGUAAUAUAGAGAUUAAGUUUACAAGUUAAAUUAUGUUUAUGUUUACCAUUGGAUGCUUAUUAGCAACAAGCAGCCAAAUUCAUAUAUAUGUAAUUAUUGCCAAUUAUCUACAGUUUACAUAUCAGUGAUAUAAGCCUAAACCUAACCCACCGUUUUGCCAGAUUUAUUUAACAACUUUUAUCUUGGGGAUGCAGUUGCAAACUUUCAACCAGAUAUCAGAAAACUAGUAUCUUAUUACAAUGGACUUUUUGAUUUUCGACAAUGCAAUCGAGCUGGACAAACAAGGGACACCAGUGGGAAUGGAAAACUCAGAAAGUGAAACUUCAGCCACUUUUCUGCCUUUGUAGAUUGUUGAUUUAAGAUCUAAUGUCUGGAUGGAUGCAAAUCUUCAUGUUUAGCAUUAUAUCUUGAUUAAAUGUGCACCCAGUUACACUUAAGAUGUUAGGAGAGAAGUCUCACAUUACAAAAGCAGGCUGUCUAAACGAAUUACGAUGAUAAAUUGGCUGGAAUGGAUAUGUUUUUAUUGUUGUAAACUAAACAGUGAGGCUUUGUGUGGCUAAAUGUUUGCAGAGCAGCAGUUUUUUUUUUUGCAAAACCAUCAAAAAAUGAAAGGCAUAUCAUGGUAUAGUAGUGAGUAUUACCUCUUCAUACAGGACGCGCUUGGAGAAGCUAGGCUAUACAGUGUUACAGAUGAGCCUAAUUUAGCAAGUUUUAGGUAAAAUGGACCAAAAAACAGUGCUGCAAUAGCUUUGGCUAUUGGCUAAGUGCUAUUCUGCCUUUGCAUAUCUCAGAGAGAGCGACAGUACACUAACUCAAACUAGUUAUUUCAGCUCAGUUUUCCACUUCAACAGCUGACACAUUGUUUUCAUAGAGUAAACAAAGCGUACAGACUUUGGAUCUGUCCUGCUAACCAGUCUCCACUAAAGUUUCAGUCCCUGUCUUUCUUCCCAUUGAGGCUCCAUCUGCAGAAGUUGCUCCUCUGUAUCCACACAUCAUCAUCACUUAAGUUAAAAUACCUUAUUUUUGUUCUGUUUUAGCUUAUGCUGUUAUUUCCUCUGUUGAAGCCCACAGACACAAUCAGUUGAUCAGAUGCGCUGAGGUAGAGGAGUACAGUAGCUGAAGCUUGCAAAAUAGUACCAAAAACAGAGGCUUUCUGGGAGAAAAAUAAAACACUUCAACAUUCUCAAUGUAGCGUGUCCAGCAUUGUUGUCUGGCCAGUUUUUACCUAAAACUAACUGAAUUACAGAGAGAACUGCAGAGCAGCUAUACCUGUCUGUAGUGCUGUAUAGCCUAGCUCCUCCUGUUUGAAGGGGUAAUGCUCGCUGAAAUCACUGGAAGCUAAUGGCACUGCUAUCGCCAAGUACCUCAUACAACCCAAGUUCAAUAAUACAUAAAAAUAUUCCUUUAAUACAAUACACUACUUUAAAAGCAGAUGCCAUUAAAUCCAAAUUAUAAGUUGCCCUAAUAUAUUAACUGUAGCUUGUGCACUAGAUUUACAGGAAUUCUUUACAACACUAGUACAGAAAAUUUAAGUAAUGUAAUUGAAAACAUUUUCCAACUUUUGAGUCCUUAACAGAGCAGAAGAUUUAGUUGAUAUAAUGAGAAUAUUUGGAACUUGAGUGGCUGAUUUGUAGAGAUUUUGUAAAAUACCUUUACACUGAUAACAACUCCAUGGCUGUGCAUUUACUAUAAAGCUGCAACAGCUGGGUUGGUUAGCUUAGCUUAGCGGGAAGACUAUGAAAAAAGGGAAAUGGCUAGUCUCAGUCCAAAGGUAACAAAUAACUUCUAGGGACCCCAAGAGAACAUAGUUUAACUUUCUAUGUCUAGGUGUGCUUUUUAAAUCUGCAUAUCUGUUGAAAAAUAAAAGGUGGUUGGUUGACUUGCUGGUAGGAUGCCAGCUGUGAACUAGCUUUCAGGCCUUGUACUCUGCUGGUUAACUUAAUGAAUUUGCAGCCAUAGAAAGGACAUAAAAUUUGAGAUUAUCUAAUAAAUCAAAAGCUUUGAAAUACUUUUACCACUGUAGCUAAAACCCCUCUUAUGUGGGUGUUUUUCAAAUACUCUAAUCGCUGCAUAAGUAAACCCAAUGGUAUCUUAUUUGUAUUUGCAUUUGAAUUCUUAAGGAAUGAGGCUACUUGAUACCUUUUGAACCUAAUUCAGAGAAUAGAAUUGAUCAAGACUGAUCUGUUAUUGAACCCUGAGAUUUCAGCACCUGUUUAGGAGAAAACGCUAUAUGAUUGUCUUACUCCAUCUGAAUGUCUUGAUGGCAGCGAAUGAAUUGUUAUUAAUAUUUGUGCUGAUUGUGAAUCUCGACUGUGUUUUUCAGGACUUGACUGUGAAUUUUUUUGUUUGCGUUUAUAUAUUUUAAGGUUUGCAGUUAUGAAAUCACAUUGAACUGGCACUAAGAUAUAGGGCUGAUGGAUAUAAGCGUGUGUUGUGUUGACAUUGCUUGUACUGCGCGCUGAAAUAUAAAAAUGUCUCUCAUUUCUCACUCAUUCCUCUUUGGCUGUGAAAUCACUGGACUAACACUUUUGAUUUAUGACCAAUUUAAUGAGA